CCCCCCCCCCCCCCCCUUCUUUUCUGCUCCUAUAAAUAGCCUCACAACCUUACAAACAACAAACACAUCUCACUUCUGGUAUUGUUAACUACCUGACAGAAGCUAUCAAAUUUAAGGAAGUUGACAAGGAUCAAGAAUAAUUAAGCUGGAAAAAUGAGCAGAAGAGGUGAUGGAGUGAAGCUAGAGCUCAAACUUAACUUGUCACCACCGAGAACUCGUUGGCCUGUGACCGAAUCACCAAACCGGUCUGUUUCCCCAACCAACUCAUGUGUGUCAUUGGAGCAAGAUGAGGAUGAGACCGGGGAGCUCAGGUACUCAAGCAGCCCGGAAACGACGUCGAUGAUGCUUGUCGGGUGCCCAAGGUGUUUGAUGUAUGUUAUGCUUGCUGGAGAGUACCCAAAGUGUCCUAAAUGUAAGAGCACUGUUCUUCUUGAUGUUGUGUUUGACAAACCCAUCAAGAAAAUGAGAAAUUAGUUAAGUUAGUUUGAAUGUUUUAGAAUUAUAGGUUUAGGAAAAUUAUGUUUCUUAUUCUAUUUUUUGGUUUUUUAUUUUUAUUAUUAUUAUUAUUAUUAUUAUUAUUAUUAUUAUUAUUUUUUUGGUUUUAAUAGGUAAUGUUAGCUUGCACUCUUGUGUAAUUUUGUUGUAAUGAAAGAUGGUGUUUGAAUGUUAAAUUUCAUAUUUUUGGUUUU